AUGGAGUUCACCAGGAAGACGACUGUCGCCACUGUGCUCUGCCACAACUGUGGUGCUCCUAUUGACGGCUCGACCGGUACCAUUUGCCAGGCUUGUCUGCGAUUAACUUGCGAUAUCUCCAACGGCGUCCAGCGCGAGGCCACUCUCACAUUCUGCCGUGACUGCGACCGUUGGUUGCUGCCUCCUCAGUCAUGGAUCGUCGCUCAGCCCGAAUCUCGCGAGCUCCUUGCCCUCUGCCUGAAGAAGCUGCGAGGCCUCAACAAAGUCCGAGUUAUCGACGCGUCCUUCGUCUGGACCGAACCGCAUUCAAAACGUAUCAAGGUCAAGAUCACGAUUCAGGAUGAGGUGCAAGACGGCGUGCUGCUGCAGCAGGCUUUUGAGGCCAUCUACGUCGUAGCCUACGCGCAGUGCCCCGAGUGCGCCAAGAGUUUCACUGCCCACGUCUGGAGAUCCGUUGUGCAGGUCCGACAGAAGAACUGCCCUCACCAGCGUACCUUUCUCUUCCUCGAGCAGCAGAUCCUCAAGCACGGUGCACACAAGGAAACCCUGAACAUCAAAGAGGCGCCUUCGGGUAUGGACUUCUUCUUCGCGCACAAGAACCAGGCCGACAAGUUUGUCGACUUCCUCAAUGCCGUCGUGCCCGUCAAGGUCAAGAAGUCGCAGGAGCUCAUCUCCCAGGAUGUCCACACCGCCACCAAGUCCUACAAGUUUUCGUCGUCCGUCGAGCUCGUCCCCAUUUGCAGAGAUGACCUUGUCGCGCUGCCGAUAAAGCUGGCCAAGCAGCAGGGCAACAUCACGCCCCUGGUGCUGUGCCACAAAAUCGGUACCUCUGUGUACUUUGUCGAUCCCAGCACGCUUCAGAUCUCUGACGUCAGCUCACCGGUCUACUGGCGCUCGCCCUUCCAGUCGCUGGCUGACACAACGCAAAUGGUUGAGUUCGUUGUCAUGGACAUUGAGAGGACCGGCGUCACCCGCGGAAAGUGGGCUGCCGCCGAGGCAACGGUCGCCCGUGCCUCUGACCUUGGUGUCAAUGACACGACCUACUUCGUGCGCACACAUCUGGGCAACCUGCUGCAGCCUGGAGACUCGGCAAUGGGCUACAUGAUCACUGGCACCAACUUCAACAACCCCGAGUUCGAAGCUAUUGAAUCCUCUAACACGUACAGCUCGAGGAUACCGGACGUCAUGCUCGUCAAGAAGCACUACCCGCGCCGCAAGAAGAACCGCAAGCGCCAGUGGAAGCUCAAGCGCAUGGCCAAGGACGAGGGUGAGCUGCUGCCCAAGCAGGCCGACCAGGACCGCAUGGAUGCCCAGUACGAGCAGUUCCUGCAGGAUGUCGAGGAGGACGAGGAGUACCGUGCCACCAUGGCGCUGUACAAGUCUCAGCAGCCGCAGCGGGUGGAUCCUGAUGCCAUGAGCAUUGCGGAGACGGAGGGCGAGGAUGAGGGCCCGAAGGUCGACAUGACUGAGCUGCUGGAGGACAUGGAUGAGUUGGCUAUCCGCGAAUAG